AUGGAGGGACAUGCGACAUCACACUGGUGUUCAUUCAUCCCGGACAGCUUCCUCCGCGACUUGGCCAACGAUAAUACUCUGGGUCCUGAGGCUCGCCAGAGUGUCAAUGACACCAUCAACGGAGGACAUAGCCUUUCAUUCCAUGCCAGCCAUGCCGGCAUCGUUGACGAAGGAGACCAUAAGCUAUCCAGAGCCGAACGGUCUGAGCGACUCAGUGGCCUUGAAGUGCCAAGUCAAGUCGACACAUUGCCUGGUAUCAGUGUCCACGGGGGACGACAAGCCAUCGACAGAAACCGCGGGCAGACUGUUGCGAGUAUCGUCAGAGACAUCUUUACAUUUUUCGAAUUUGAGUACGGCUACAGAAUUUUCGAAAAGACAGGGAACGCUGUAGCUGUCACAAUAAACUACGGCCACAACUACUUGAACGCUCAUUGGACUGGUAGACGAGUAGUACUCGGCAGCGGGAACCCAGCAGUACUGGACGACUUUCAUCAGGCCCACGAUGUGGUUGCCCACGAAAUCACGCAUGGUAUCAUCCUUCGAACCAGUGGUUUGAAGAUCGUUGGCCAGCCAGGAGAGCUAAGCGAGCAUCUCGCCGAUGUCUUUGGCCUAUUGUACAAGCAUCACGCAUCGUCUUGUGCAUGGAAAAGUGCUCCAGAUUGUGUAUGGACCGUGGGUGAGAGUCUAUGGGCGUCCCCGGAAGGUUUCUUCGGUUGGUCCAGUUUCCCAAACGUCAGCCGACAGCUAUGGACUGCAAGUGGUGGCAAGAUUGUGGAAAAUCACAGUCGUCAUUCCCCAUCAACAGCUCUCGAUGUGGAUUCAAGCGAGCCUGAUCAUUACCUUGAAUACUGCAAGAAUGAUGACGUCCACCACAAUUCGGGAGCAGAUUGCACGUUUGCCAAGUUCGCUGCAUUUACAAAGGCUUAUGCGGAGCGCGACUUUGGAGGCCUAGUGGAAGCAGUGAAGACCGGAUGGAAGGAGGUUGGUGUCACACCGAAGGAAAUUCCAGGGUUACAAGCUAUGUUGUCCAACUGA